CAGGUUGAGCAAGUCAGGGGAAGUAAGCCAUGGUCUUCAUGGUCUCUGUGUCAGCUCCUGCCUCCAGGUUCCAGCCCUGCUUGAGCUCCUGUUCUGACUUCCUCCAAUGAUGGACUAUGAUCUGGAAUAGGUGUUUUUGGCAGAAUCUGACAAGGUGUCUCAAAGCCAAAGUCAUAGCCAAGCAAGAGGGAAGCAGCUAAGUUGACAAAAGAUGCUUAUUUAACAAGUCAAGACCAACCUAAGGUACCCUCCAUCCCAUGCUGUGUUUUACGACUGUAACCACAGGCAAAGGAUCUGCAAAAGGUCUUCACUCCCAUCUGUCUUCCUGUCUGGACUCACCAGAGGGAAGUCUCUGUCUUCAUUGGGACCCUGGCUGGUUGUGUAGAAAGGAAGCCUCCGAGAGUUUGUGGGUGCCAGAUUGAUCAAGACGACCAAAGACGAGUUGCUUUUCUGUCCACUAGGGGGCUACUUGUAGAAGGCUGGAAAAAACAGCUUAAAAAUAUGCUGUAGAAAUUUCAGUAAGAGGGGAAAAGAGAGAGCUUGCGAAAGACAGCAGAACGGUCCCAGGCUUCCUCAUCUCGUUCGCGUCAGAGGCAGGAACCAACCGACUGUGCUAAGGCUGUUGGCUCAACACGCAGAGACAGAGACAGAGCAGCCUCAGACUGAGAAAGAAGAGGGGGUCCUCCCUGACCCAAGGAAUUACCACUAGUGGAGUAAAGCCAUCUGACUUUUUGAUCUUAUUUGGUUGCCUCUUCUCUCCUUCCACUGGUAUACCUACCCAUCUGGGUUGCAUUUCUUUCGUGAAGCCUUCUCUCUCCCUCUCAGAAAAAGAGGAAGGAAAGAGAGGGAAGAGGUGGGCGCUCUAGGUGAGCGCAUCAGCUGGCCCCAGCCCGAACAGGCAAGAAUUCUCUGCUCAGGAAGCUCCUCUAGCUCCCCGACAGCCCCCCCAAUCUGGAUACCAUCAUAGACUACUGCAAAACAGUGUGCUUUGUAAAAAGGAGUCAUCCAUCAGAUGAGUGGCAUCUCCUUACGGAUCAUAUAAUGCUGCACAGAGGACAACAGAUGAUCAGAGUCAGGGGUAGGCAAGGCAUCUGUAUCAACUCCCUGCUCACAGGACCAAUACCUUCAGGAGUUAGAAUCAAAGAGUACACGGUCAAGAGAAAACAUCAGAGAGGGCGACAUCACGAAGAUUUCCAUAACUCCAUGCUGGCUACUACAGGGAGCUCUUGAACCUCUGACUGAGAGGAUGGGGCUCGAUGGGGAAACAGUGGUUUUGAAGAACAUGCUCAUUGGCGUAAACCUGAUCCUGCUGGGAUCCAUGCUCAAGACAUCUGAGUGUCAGCUGGAGGUGACCACAGAACGGGUCCAGAGACAAACUGUGGAGGAGGAAGGAGGGACUUCCAGCUACAACACAUCCAGCAAGGAACAGCCUAUGGUCUUCAACCACGUGUAUAACAUCAACGUCCCGCUAGAGAGCCUCUGCUCCUCAGGGCUGGAGACUUCAGCAGAACAUGAAGUGAGCACUGAAGAUGAUACUCUGGCAGAAUACAUAGGCCAAACCUCAGAUCAUGAAAGCCAGGUCACCUUCACUCACAGGAUCAACCUCCCCAAAAAAGCCUGCCCGUGUGCCAGCUCUGCCCAGGUGCUGCAGGAGCUGCUGAGUCGGAUCGAGAUGCUGGAGAGGGAGGUGUCCUUACUGCGAGACCAGUGCAACACAAACUGCUGUCAGGAAAGUGCAGCCACAGGACAACUGGACUAUGUUCCUCACUGCAGUGGCCAUGGCAACUUUAGCUUUGAGUCCUGUGGCUGCAUCUGCAAUGAAGGCUGGUAUGGCAAGAACUGCUCAGAGCCCUACUGCCCACUGGGCUGCUCCAGCCGGGGUGUGUGUGUUGAUGGCCAGUGCAUUUGUGACAGUGAAUACAGCGGCGAUGACUGCUCUGAGCUUCGGUGCCCAACAGACUGCAGUUCCCGGGGCCUCUGUGUGGAUGGGGAAUGUGUCUGUGAAGAGCCCUACACAGGCGAGGACUGCAGGGAGCUCCGGUGCCCCGAAGACUGUUCAGGGAAGGGGCAAUGUGCCAAUGGCACCUGCCUGUGCCAGGAAGGCUAUGCUGGUGAGGACUGCAGCCAGCGACGGUGUCUGAAUGCCUGCAGUGGGCGAGGACACUGCCAGGAGGGCCUCUGCAUCUGUGAGGAGGGCUACGAGGGCCUGGAUUGCUCAGCAGUUGCCCCUCCAGAGGACUUGCGAGUGGCUGGUAUCAGCGACAGGUCCAUUGAGCUGGAAUGGGACGGGCCGAUGGCAGUGACGGAAUAUGUGAUCUCUUACCAGCCGAUGGCCCUGGGGGGCCUCCAGCUCCAGCAGCGGGUGCCUGGAGAUUGGAGUGGUGUCACCAUCACGGAGCUGGAGCCAGGUCUCACCUACAACAUCAGCGUCUACGCUGUCAUUAGCAACAUCCUCAGCCUUCCCAUCACUGCCAAGGUGGCCACUCAUGUCUCCACUCCUCAAGGGCUACAGUUCAAGACGAUCACAGAGACCACCGUGGAGGUGCAGUGGGAGCCCUUCUCAUUCCCCUUCGAUGGGUGGGAGAUCAGCUUCAUUCCAAAGAACAACGAAGGAGGGGUGAUUGCUCAGCUCCCCAGCGACGUUACCUCCUUUAACCAGACAGGACUGAAACCUGGAGAGGAGUACAUUGUGAAUGUUGUGGCUCUUAAGGAACAAGCCCGCAGCCCUCCUACUUCUGCCAGCGUCUCCACUGUCAUUGAUGGGCCCACGCAGAUCCUGGUUCGAGAUGUCUCUGACACUGUGGCCUUUGUGGAGUGGACUCCACCUCGAGCCAAAGUCGACUUCAUUCUUUUGAAAUACGGCUUACUGGGUGGAGAAGGCGGGAAGACUACCUUCCGGCUGCAGCCUCCCCUAAGCCAGUACUCAGUACAAGCCCUUAGACCUGGCUCCCGCUAUGAGGUCUCUGUCAGCGCAGUCCGGGGAACCAAUGAAAGUGAUGCCACAAGCACCCAAUUUACAACAGAAAUUGAUGCUCCCAAGAAUUUGCGAGUGGGUUCCCGCACAGCAACUAGCCUUGACCUUGAGUGGGAUAACAGCGAGGCAGAGGCUCAGGAGUACAAAGUUGUGUACAGCACCCUAGCGGGUGAGCAGUACCAUGAAGUACUGGUCCCCAAGGGCAUUGGUCCAACUACCAGGACUACCCUCACAGAUCUGGUACCAGGCACAGAAUAUGGAGUUGGAAUAUCUGCGGUCAUGAACUCAAAACAAAGCAUUCCUGCUACCAUGAAUGCUAGGACUGAACUUGACAGUCCCCGAGACCUUAUGGUAACAGCCUCCUCAGAGACCUCUAUCUCUCUCAUCUGGACCAAGGCUAGUGGUCCCAUUGACCACUACCGAAUUACUUUUACCCCAUCUUCUGGGAUCUCCUCAGAAGUCACUGUGCCUAGGGACAGGACUUCAUAUACACUGACAGAUCUAGAGCCUGGAGCAGAAUAUAUCAUCUCUAUCACUGCUGAGAGGGGUCGGCAGCAGAGCCUGGAGUCUACUGUGGAUGCCUUCACAGGCUUCCGCCCCAUCUCCCAUUUGCACUUUUCUCAUGUGACCUCCUCCAGUGUCAACAUCACCUGGAGUGACCCGUCUCCCCCAGCAGACAGACUCAUUCUGAACUAUAACCCCAGAGAUGACGAGGAAGAGAUGAUGGAGGUCCUCUUAGAUGCCACCAAGAGGCAUGCUGUCCUGCUGGGGCUACAGCCAGCCACUGAAUAUAUAGUGAACCUUGUAGCUGUGCAUGGGACAGUAACCUCUGAGCCCAUUGUGGGUUCCAUCACUACAGGAAUCGAUCCCCCAAAAAACAUCACAAUUAGCAAUGUGACUAAGGAUUCAGUGAUGGUUUCCUGGAGCUCUCCUAUUGCACCUUUUGAUUACUACCGAGUGUCCUACCGACCCACACAAGUGGGACGGCUGGACAGCUCUGUGGUGCCCAACACUGUGACCGAGUUUACCAUCACCAGGCUGUAUCCAGCUACCGAAUAUGAAAUAAGCCUCAACAGUGUUCGGGGCAGGGAGGAGAGUGAGCGCAUCUGCACCCUGGUACACACAGCCAUGGAUAGUCCUGUGGAUCUGAUUGCUACCAACAUCACCCCCACAGAAGCCCUGCUUCAAUGGAAAGCACCCAUGGGUGAAGUAGAGAACUAUGUCAUUGUCCUCACACACUUUGCAAUUGCGGGAGAGACCAUCCUGGUUGAUGGAGUCAGUGAAGAAUUUCAGCUUGUUGGCCUGCUUCCUAGCACCCACUAUACUGUCACCAUGUAUGCUACCAGUGGGCCGCUCAUGAGUGGCACCAUCGCCACCAACUUCUCUACCCUCCUGGAUCCUCCUGCCAACCUGACAGCCAGUGAAGUCACCAGGCAAAGUGCACUCAUCUCCUGGCAGCCACCCAGAGCAGAGAUUGAAAACUACGUCUUAACAUACAAGUCCACAGAUGGUAGCCGCAAGGAGCUGAUUGUGGAUGCUGAGGACACCUGGAUCCGACUGGAGGGCCUGUCAGAGAACACAGACUACACAGUGCUCCUGCAGGCAGCUCAGGAAGCCACACGGAGUAGCCUCACCUCUACUGCCUUCACCACAGGGGGCCGGGUGUUCUCUCAUCCUCAAGACUGUGCUCAGCAUUUGAUGAACGGAGAUACUCUGAGUGGAGUUUACACCGUCUUCCUCAAUGGCGAGCUAAGCCACAAGUUGCAAGUAUACUGUGACAUGACCACAGAUGGGGGCGGCUGGAUUGUAUUCCAGAGGCGGCAGAACGGCCAAACUGAUUUUUUCCGGAAAUGGGCUGAUUAUCGUGUUGGCUUUGGGAAUCUGGAGGAUGAGUUUUGGCUAGGGCUAGACAACAUCCACAGGAUAACAGCCCAGGGUCGCUAUGAGCUUCGUGUUGAUAUGCGGGAUGGACAGGAGACAGCCUUUGCCUACUAUGACAAGUUUGCUGUAGAGGACAGCAGAAGCUUAUACAAGCUUCGCAUAGGAAGCUACAACGGCACUGCAGGAGACUCCCUCAGCUAUCACCAGGGACGCCCUUUUUCCACAGAGGACAGAGACAAUGAUAUUGCAGUCACCAACUGUGCCAUGUCCUACAAGGGUGCUUGGUGGUAUAAGAACUGCCACCGGACCAACCUCAACGGGAAGUACGGGGAGUCCAGGCACAGUCAGGGGAUCAACUGGUACCAUUGGAAAGGCCAUGAAUUCUCCAUCCCCUUUGUAGAAAUGAAGAUGAGGCCCUACAACCACCGUCUCACAGCCGGGAGGAAACGACGAGCCUUGAAAUUCUGAGCACUGGGCAGCCAGCCACCAGCCAGACGAUCUUUUCUGUCACUUGUUUGUAUUUUAUAAUAUGAGACAAGGGGGGUGGGGCAUCAAGUAAUGUGCUUCACAACAUAUUCAGACUAUCUGAAGGAAGCAGGGAUCAGUUAGGUACCAUCUGCUCAUAGUUUCUGCUGCCUUGGAGCCUGACCCUUGGGAUACAUGCUCCCUGCUAAUCGGUCCUCCCUAAUCAUCUCCCCCCUUUCUCGGAAGAGGAAAACUGGGGGGUUUAAACUACAAUUCAAAACUAGGUCACGAAGAACAGAAUGUUACAGCAACAGGCACACACACCUACUUUUUCUACCCUCCCUUCUGAGACACUUUCCAACUUCUAAGUAAUAGUGAACUGGCCACAGCUGACCAUGGCCAGCUAGCCACACCAGCUGAGAGAAGCUUGACCAGUCUCCUUUUAAGAGGAAAGUUGCCCAGCACACCCUAAUACAACAGCCCAACCAAGUUCAUUGAAAUGGGCUAAAGAUGCCCACAUUCUGACACUUAACUCUGAGGAGGAGUUUCCUCUCUUCCAAUCCCACCCCUCCCCUAGUUCUACCCCCUAGAUUCUAUAGACCUACCAACCCAACCAUUGUUUAGAACUCCAGUUGCCAAAAACUGUCUGUCCCCAGCCCCGGGUUAUAAAAUAGCUGUGCCCCUGGGUGUCAUAAGCCACUGUCAUGGAAUAACCUUCUUAGGUGGUGAGACUGGGGAAGGGUUCUGUUUCUAGCGUGUUUGCAUCAGGCAUUGAGAAAGGAUGGGAGUAGAAACCAGGGCACCUAUCAGGGAAUCUGUAAGUACCACUGUAAGUCCCACCUUUCUUAGAGCUGCUUGUUUGCAUUUCUGAUCAGAUUUACCAUGGAUUCCUUCCCCUGGUGUCCUAGUUGGAAGUCUCUAGUUCUGUCCUCAGCCAGGCUAUAUCCUCAGUGCAAGUGACUUAAUAAGAAUCAAGGCAAAAAUCUGUGUGACCAUCAGCCAUUCUCCUGACUGAAAGCCCUGGGAGGGGAUGCUGGCUCUGGUCUUUUGUUUGUUUUGAUCCUGUGGUAGGAAGAAGCCACCGCUCAGUGAGGUAAGAUCACGGUAGACAUUUUCCAUCCCCUUUUAUUAUUCUGCUUUGAGAAGAAAGAUGAAAAGUGCCAGAGGAAAUUGCAUUUAGAACUCCAAAGGUGAGAGGCGUGAACUCUCCACUCCCACAUGAUUUGAUUUUUAAGCCCCGGGGAACUGGAGGCUAUAGAAGCCAUGACCUUUCAGCUUCUCCUUGAAUAAAAACCAGCUGGUCUUCCCUGCAGCAUCUGGCCAAACUGUGCCAAGUGUCUCAGCUGAUUUCUCCCUCUCCUACCUGAGGCCCCAGAGUGUCCACUAUAGGGCCCAUGGUUGCCACCUGAGGCAUCUUGUACCUUUGCCAGCUAGUUACAGGAUUAGCGGACAUUUUGUAAUAGGAACAGCCACCAUCUAACCAAGCUCUGACCUGGAAGCAACAGUCCUCGUCAUUGCUAAUCUCAUGCCUAGCAUUGUGAAGUUGGAGUUAGCUUGCCACUUUCUGCAGCCUUCUCCAUCUUUGUGAUGGAGACUCAUGGCCACACUCAAGGUCAAACUGUACAAGUGGAAUUUUCAUUUCUUAAUCCAACGUGAACUUCAAACAGCUAAGGGAAGGAGGAAUAAAGAGGAGCCUAUAGGUUAUAUGAGAUUUAACUAGCUACAGACCAACCAUGCCGAAUCGGAGGUAAGCACAUUCAAUGAGGGACUUGGGGGUUGUGAUAUAUGGCCAUCUCUACCACCAUGCCAGCUACAAGACUUUGAUGGGUUUAUUCACAUUUCUGGGCCUCAGGUUCCUUACCCACUGAAUCAGAGCUUAGACCAAAAGAAUUUAUAACACCACUUCAGUUUUAACAGCUAAUAUGUUAAUCUGUGAUAGGAAAAGCAGGACAAAAAUUGGCCUUGGUGAACCAUCACAAUGAAGGAAAAGUCAGAAUUCCAGAGGAGAUGGAGGCAGGGAAGGAACGAGUAGGAAGGAGACAGAUUCAGAACUAACUACUCUCUCUCUCUCUCUCACACACACACACACACACACACACACACAGAGAGAGAGAGAGAGAGAGAGAGAGAGAGAGAGAGAGAACAAAAAAGAAGAUGAAGUCAUUAUGCCUGUGCAAGAGCCAAGGGCCUGGGUGUGCCCGUACAGCCCAUCUCAUCAAGGGAGCUGAAAUGGAACAAGAUUGCGUGUCAUCAGUUCCAGGGAAAAUCAAGAAACAUCAAUGGAAAUCCAAAACUGCCUUUCAUUGGAACUAUUUUAUCCCGUGGAACAUUUUUAUAAAUAGCAUCGGCAGCAUCACCUAGAAUCAUUUAAAGGAAUUUUAAAGUAAGGAAGGAACUUCAAAGAUCAUCUCAGCCAACCUUCUGAAAAAGGACCUAUAGAUCCCUUUUUGUUAAGUAGCGAGCCCCACCCCAAACGCUGUUUUGAAGAGACUGUGCAUCCCAUUGUCUUCUCAAGACUGACAGCAAGCUUGACUCAUAGCUUCUGAACUUGACUGACUUAACCUCUGCACUGGGCUUCGUAACAGAUCGCUUUACUGUCCGUUCCUUCCCGCACCUGGUUCUGUCCCUGAGGAGGCAGGCAGCAACACUCAGCACCCAUCCAAGCACCCAACUUUUGCAUAAGGGACUCAGACUCAGAAUGACUUGAAGUGGGCAGACACUUUAGAAAACACACUUAGAAGAAAACCCAAGCAACAACAAAAACAACUAGUCACUAGUGACUGCCAUUUACUCCCCAGAGUCGAGAACCAGGCCACUCUGCUCUUCCUCUGUGUGUGCCCUGCUGUCAAUUGUUCCUGCAUAUUGAAUUCACAUUUUCCCAGGGCUGCUUCUGGAAGGUAAUUGGCUGUCCAGACUCUUCAUCAGGGAUGAUACACCUGUAGAAAGUACUGGCCUUCAGACCAGACUUAAUGGGUAAAGGGGCCUUGGUAAAGGUGACAAGAUGGUGUUCACAGCACCCGGAUGCCCACUUAACUGUUCAUGAAAAAUGGGGAAUGAUGCAGCAUGGUUCUUCGGGUUCCUGGUGACCCCACACCAAGCCAGAACUCAUUUAUACAGGACAUCGAUUUGUAAAGGAACAGCAACAUGACAGCAGAAAAAUAUGAAACAAACUUCUGUGGAUAUUUACAUUUCCUCUUCUCCCAGCUAGCAAUACCCUAUCUCUAACAAGGUGAGAUUCACCCCGAAUAUCCCAUUGCCUUCCACUGGGGAGCCAAUCAGCUCCUCCUUUAUAGAAAACUCUCAUUUCAAAGGCAAACUUAAAGUACCAAGGCCAUCUUGCCAGUGAGCUGGAGGCCUAAACAAACUACCCUAAAUACAUUUUUACCUUUAAAAUCUAGUGUCAGAGCAGAGCUAUAGAUUAUGGGACAAGAGAAUCUUUUCAAAGAGCCUCUUCAAAGCAUCGGUUGAGAAAGGUUUGAUGAGUUCCCCCUUGUCCUUUUCUCUGGAGAAAGAAAAAUGGGAGCCAUGAGAACAGUGGAUGCACCAAGCUGGGGGAUUUUAAAAAGAGCAGUCAAUGAUCACAUUGGAAAAUGCGCCUGCACCAUAGACUUUUCUUUUUCCUUCACCCAGGGUUUCCAGAAGGGUGGGGGCACUUCCCCAGGGUAAGUGCUUCUCUAGCCCUUGAUCACUUAUCACAAAAUUCCUAGUCAAGCCAGUUCCCUGGUUGUGUUUCUUCUCCUCCAGAGAGGGAGAGUGGAGAUCACUUUCCACCUCUAUUUACAUCCAAGUGUCCACUCUGAAACAUCCAUAACAAGACUCUGAAAGACUCAAAUAAUCCAAUUCAGUUCUGGAGAUGGGAUUGUGCUAGCUUACUUCAAACUUGCCCAAACUACAAGAAGGGACUUGGGAGCCCCAGAGACUGGGGUGGAUCUUUAAGGUCUAGGGUUCAGCUUCUCAUCCAUCCUCCCUGGGUGGCCCACUUUCAUUCAGAUAGCAAAGCAAUCAAGGUUCCCUCUUCUGGAGAAAAGGGGACAGAGCUAGCUUCUGGCCCAUGACUUGUGACUUCUCUUUAUUGUACCACUGGGUCCCCAGAACUAACUUCUGAAGUUCUUUGACUGUUUUCCUAAGCCAUUGUUUCUUUCAUAGCCCAACUCUCCCAUAGGUGAUAGUAUCUCUCCUGAUAGUAGUGUAGUAUUUUGGCACUGCCAGGCAAAAUGGGGACUCACAGAACAAAUGAAAAUGACUCCAAUUAAGUAGGGAAAGAGUCCAGUAGGAAGAGAUGUCAACAGAAUGAGGAACACUCCUGUUUUUCAGAGGUUGUGCUGAUGCAGACUCAGUCCCUUUGGAAAGAGUGGCUUUGGUUCAUCCUAACUAAAUCCAUGCUGGAUUUAGAUAAAGCCAGUUUUGUCUUCUUCAAGCUUUGAGAAAAUAGUUAGGAAGAAGAAAAUAAAAAUGUAAGUUAAAUAAAAGAAGCCGAUAGAGUCUUAUAAAAUAAAAACAAAUCUUAGAGAUGGCCCCACAGGGGAAACAAACCAGGUGAGUAGCCACAGUAAAGACAAUGGCACUGGCUUCUGAGUUCAUGCCUCCAGACAAAGUUCUCUCAGAUUCCACCCUUUGCCUGGACCAGAAGCCUUACUCUGCAGAAGCAAGAAGCAGUAGAUCCUUCUAUGCUGCUCAUCCACUCUUGCCUCAACCUCAGUUUUCCUUUCCCAGCCAGCACAGCCUGGUUUGUCAUCUCAACCAUUUCUGAUUUACUUUUCAAGGUCACUCUGUGCCUGAAACAUGACUUCAUUGCACCUGCAGCACCUCAUUGUCCAAAUGUCCUUGGCAAACUUCAGUCUUUGGACAGUGUUUUUUCCAAACAGAAAAUCCUCCCUCUUUCCAAACUUAAAAAGGCUAUUGCAGAGUAUCCAUUUUAACACAGCCCUUGUUCCUAAGACCCCUCUAUUAACUUACUAGAACAGCACCCUAUUAUCUGAGCUGUGAGGCUGGGCUAACAUUCAAUUCCUAAUUUAGAAAUAUUUAUCCCUUUCAAAUCCCUCUAAUGAGUACUUUCCUGAGUACAGUCACUGGGUACUUGCUCUGAAGAGAAAGUAUGAGAGUCUUUGAGAUGUAGACAUGCCAUACUAAGGAAGCCUGAGAGGAUGUUAGUGAGAACUCUUUUCUUCUUGUCAGUGGUGUCACAGCCCCCAGAGAAACAUAUUGCCUUUAAACAAUUCGUCAUUGAACCUGACAUACUUAACCCUGUCUCCUCCAUAAAUAUUUAAAAACACUCCUUCAGAGUCAAAGGAAAUACUUGAAGUCACCUAACAUGACCCUCUUCAUACCCAAGUAAAGCAAGGCCAAAAUUGACAAGCAGCUUGCCCUAGUUCCCACAGUCAAUGAGGCAUAGAACUAGAGGCAGACCUGGUACAAUAUUUUUUGUUUGUUUUGUCUCUCCUUUAACAGAGACUGAGGAAAAUAUACUUAUUGUACAUCUGUUGAUCAGAUUCUAUGCAAAGGUCUUCACAUCAAUGACUUUACUAAAUCCUCACCACAGUCCAGAGUUUACGAAUGAGGGAAAUGGAAGCACAGGAUUCUUAAGUAACAUGUCUGACAUCACACAGUUUCUGGGGAGAGCCUUCAUCACUAACACAAAUGUCGUUGAGUUUUCCUCUUUGUAAAACUGCAGACACAGUUAACCAUGCAGCCGCCAUCUUGGAUCUCAGUAACAUUCUCAUUGAGGUAUUUCUAACUCCAUCCUUCUCUCCUUCUCCUUUUCCUUUUAAUAGAUGGGAAUUCUUGCUUUAUUCCCCCCAUGCAUACUCCAGAGGAGCCUCAUCCCCAACUGUCAGAAGUAGUAAGAAAUAGCCUGGCAGCAAUUCUCUUUAAAUUUUUGGAGAUGGGGCCAGGAUACAAAUAUGGUUUCCAACCCAGUCUUGAGACAGCACAGAAGCCUCUCUCCUUUCUAACAUAGACCUUUUUCUCAGCCUAAAGCAAGAGACAGAACCAGGGUUAAGGAAAGAGUGAACACAGAAUUAACACAGUAUAAGUUCUGAGAGUGUCAGUUUGACCCUAGAAUUUGCAAAGAGUUAUGAGUGUUCAAACAAACUACAAGUAGCAGCAAAUGCAAACAUCCUAUAAAUUUCUAGGCUAAGAUCAGCAGGGUACAGACAAAAUUUACACACACACACUCCCAGACUACCAGGGCUCCAUGAAGAACACAUUAGAGGACAUUUGCAAAGCCUGGAGAUACAAGAAGGCAGUAGAGAAGUUUUAUGUAUUUAUUCCCUCACUUUUUUCUCCUACUCCAUAUCCCAGUGAAUGAGAAGUUAGGAGAACAAUUGGCGACAACCAUGACUAACUUUGCCACUUUAGAGAAUGACUUAGAAAGAUAUCAGAAACCUGGUGGUUUCAACUAUCAGGCAAAAACUCCAACACUGAACCCUUACUCCUCCUUUAAAGUUCAUGUUAAAAGGAAUAGAUCUCCCCAAGAGGGAAUUCAGGACCCCUCAGAGUGGUGGCUCCUCAGGGGCACCUUAGAUACAGCAAGCCCUGCAGUUCCUACAAAACCGUCCUCCAUCAGAGAAGUUCUUUGCCAGCUCCUUUCUUCACUACCCCACUGUGGGGGCUCACAAACCAGAGUCUAUUCCCUCCUGCCUCUCCUCAACAUACAUGCUCUUCCCUCCUAAACACACACACACACACACACACACACACACACUAUCUCAACCCUACAGGAAUUCCCAGAUACCCUAAACAAGUCACUGUGACUCUGAGGGAUUAUUACCUGGGGCUCCAAGCAGAUGAAACUCAACCUGGUAGCUUCUCAGUUGUCAUCCUGAGAAAUCAUAAGCACUAAAUCCUCCAAUCCCUCUGAAUUUGAAUUUGUGGUUUUAACAUUUAAUAGCCUUUUCAGGUAAAAAUAACAAAGACCAAUUUACUGACUUUGUAGCUACACUGUACUUGAAAAGGCUCUUGCUUAAAAAGAAAGGCCAAAGGAAGAAAGGGGGUAAAUUACUAUGGUAGUCAGGUCAUGCACUCUCUGAUGAAGUAAAAUCAAAAGCUAGAGAGGAAGGAAGAGGGAGAGCCAGCUUGCCCCAUCCUUUCAUGACACUGUAGCUCAAAGACUGGAAUCUGCUUGUUAACCAUUGUUAACUCGUAUUUUUAGUCCCAGUUGCUUUUAGCCUCUGUAUAGUUCCUUUUUUAAACACAUUUUCUAUACGUUAAUAAAAGAUCCUAAAGGGAAA